AUGGAUCUUCGCAGUAUCAUGAACGACUCAGGCGGUGGAGCCGCGCGGAAUCAACCUCAUACCCCUCUUCCUCCGCAGCCGCCUUCGCAUCCUUAUCAUCGCCAGCAAUCGCCCAUCCAGCAGCCUCCAAAUGCCCCGCCCCAAAACAUGAACCCCUCCAAUCUUUACCAUCACCAGCAGCAGCAGCAAUACCCUGGACAGCAGCACCCGCAACAUCCUCCCCCACCCCAUCACUAUGGGAACGCAGGACAAGGCCGACCUGCCCCGCCGCCGCUGCAACCACCCAAGAGUCCCUUUCAACCUCACUCUAAUGCUAAUGCGCCUCAGCCCGGUGCACCUUUUCACCAUCGCAAGAGCUCCGGCGGUUCUCAAGUUGGAUAUCCGUUUCCCUCGCCUUCGGCUAGAAGCAACUCGCAAGGUCAACAUCCAUACGGCCCCCACGUGCAGAGCCCGAGUCCCUACAAUACCCCACACCCCCUCAGCGCGCAGUCUGGAGGAGGAAGUCCAUUCACUGGACCACCUGGCGGCCACCACCCCGGAAGUGGGCAACAAUUAACACCCACCAGUGCUACGUCUUAUGGGAGUCCAUACGGCAAUCAAUUUGCUUCAAUGUCACCGAUGGGAACGCCAGGUCCCGGCUAUCCACUACCCCCCCAGCAUCAGCAUCCGCAGCAAUCGCAGCAGCAGCAAAGAGGGAAACCGCCGCCUCCACCGCCUCCACCAUCACACCCACACGCACAUACUCCGACAACACCAAAUCCACCUUCGAUGGCAGGCUCACCGAUUCAUGGAGGAGGGGGAGGAGGGGGAGGGGUUGCUAUGAGUCCGGGCAGCGGGGCAGGGUAUGGGAGGGUCAGAGAAAGAAUGUUCGCGGAGCGUCAACGUGAAAAGGAGCUUGAGGAAAUGCAAACUGAACAACGUGAAAGAGACAGGAUUGAUAGGGAACGCGAACGUGAAAGGGAUCUCAGUGUCAGUCCGAAAACUCGCGUGCCAAUGUACAUAGACGAUCGGAAAGAAAGCCUCAGCGGACAAAAAGAAGACUGGGUAGCUGGAAGAACCAACGAGAACUACUCUUUGAGCCAGAGUCCUGUCAGUCAAAGGGUGAAUUCAGGAACACCGGCUCCCCCUGGCUUCCCACCACCACAACAACAAGGACAACCUCCAAGCCAAUCGCAGCAGCAAGGGCAGAGACAGCGGAGCCAGCCGCCCACGCCUACACACGGUUCGCAAACAAUGGGGCUACCUUCGCCUCGACACCCCCCGCCAUCGCCACAACGUUUCCCUUCCAUGGGGUAUAGCGAGAAGAUGGAUAUCGAUAGCCGUUCAAAUUCGGACGCUAGGCCGCCAAAUGGCGAGCAAACAACUCCACAAUGGGCACAAGAAGGGCAGGUGAAAACAGAAAAGAAAGUUAAUGGCUUCGACUCAGAAAUUCCACCACAUCUUGCUCCUGAAGACCAAAGCCUCACCUCUAGCCAUCUAAACAUGGGACCACCUUCCAAUAUGGAGGAAUCUUCAUCGAAUGCUGGAGGCAAGCCACUUAUUAAGGAGGAGCCCGGCACCCAAAUGGCAGCCCUACCGCCAACGUCACAGCAAGGCCAACAACAGCCUUCUCCACCCGCAAAGAGGAAUUCCUUUCCGACACCUGCACGUCCGCAACCGGGCCAGAUUCAAGUUCCGCUCAACGCCCAACCUCCCCAACCUGGGUCAGCUGCAUCACCCAUUGGCCCUUCAAGGAAACGACCACGUCAUGAUGAGCCACCUAUCUUUGCACGAAAGGCCUCGAGAAGUUCAUCUAGCAGCCCUGUCAUUCAGAAUAGGCGACAACCUCCACCAGGCCCGUCGGCAAUGUCCCAGCAGCAACCUCUAACUCCGUUAGCAGUAGCAGCAGUAACAGCAGCAGCACCACCACCAGCAGCAGCACCACUACCACCACCACCACCACCACCACCACCACCCCAGCCACCACACAAUCCUCAGAAUCCAGUAGUGCAACCGCAACCUCAACUGCAACCACAAUUGCAAAACCCGUCUCAGCAAGCACAAAAUACUCAAAUGUCCCAGCAACAGCCACCCCAAUCCCAACAGCAGCAACAGCAGCAGCAGGGACCGUCACCUAAUGCUGCUAAAACAUCGACUGCGACCACCGUCCUAGGGCCCUGGGAGCCUUCUAUUACAAAUAUACAACCAUACGAGGAGCUUACAAAGCAUAUCUGCGACUUUCUUUUUAUUCACGUCGUCGACAAUCAGGAAUUCCAAUUGGAUGACCCCGAUAGGCCGCAACUGGAAAUCGAGGCGAAGAUCGGCAUCCUAGUUGAUCAUAAUACGAGACAACGACUCUAUUUGCCUGUGAAGACUGAGACGGUUCUUGACUCCGAUGACCCAAACCUGAAAGUCGCGUUCAAGAGCAGUAUGACCGAGCUCCAACACAAACGAAUGAACGAAUUUCUCAAUCGCACCUUUGCAGACUCCCAGCGACAGGCCGCACAAGCACAAGUACAAGCACAACAGCCAUCGGGAGGAGAUUAUCCGGCUAUCACUACCCCCCGUAUCCCGCUCACAUACAAACAUUUACGCGAACGUGACUCAUUUUACGAAUUAACUGAUGAAGUGAAAGAGCAGCUCCCAAUGUGCGUCAGGCGAGUCCCCGCCCAUCGCUCUCGGGUUAAGUUGCGAGUUACGCACGACCAAAAGACAGGGAGAGUUCUCAAUAAGAUCGUAAAAGCUAGGAUCGCCGAUCUUAACAUAUUCUCGCCACGAACGGCCUUUGACUGGCGUAUCAGUGUCAACAUGGAAAUGCCAUGGAAGGGUGAUAUUGACAGACUUGUGCCCCAAGGUGGCGGUGAGAGGAACAAGGAUCGCUUAAGUUAUCAGCACCUAUGCUUUAGUGUGGACUUGACCCAGGUCACCGCGGCUGCAGGAGGCGGGCCACCGCAGGGUCCAAAAAAGGAACAUGAGCUAGAGAUUGAAAUUGACGCGAGGAGGGUGCGCGAACAAGGGAGGCUAAUUGUGGAAAGAAAACCCAAUGGCUUCCAAGACUUGGUUAGAGGAUUUGUGGAUAACGUCAGGGUUUUGGCACGAGAGCUUGGUGACGCUGGAUAUUAG